UUUGAUUAGGUUUUCUUUGCUUUUAUGUGCCACUGUACGUAUUCCAGUACAAAUUCAAGUUCCUAAUGUGAAAUGAAUUCAAAGCGUUUUGAGUAUACCACACCACAGUCCCUUCACUCAAUUCAAGACCCAAGCCAUUAUUCAACAGAGCAAGAGGUGCCACUUGCACAAUUUAAAAAUACCGAAGAAAAAUUACAACAGUUGAAGCAAGCGAUGGAUAAUUUAGAAGAUGGAGUUUGCGAUGACGAGGACGCGCAUUUGCUUGAAAAUAAUCAGCGCCUACAAUUCCAGCAACAUCAAGGCAAAGAACUUAAACAAAAGCUCAAAGAUAAUGUUCGACAAGAGCAACAAGAAAAAUUAGAAGGGCUAGAGUUUGGGAUGGCUGCUGCACAUGACGUCUUAUCAUCGGGCACAGCUGCGGGGCGGCGCUUGAAUCAGGAAUCUCCUCCAACCGAAAUGGCACAAUAUGGCAAUACAAUGCCUGGCCAUACGUUAGAUGCACAGAAGGUACCAGACCGCAGUCAAAACUACACAACGGAGGAAAUGGGCGAGCCAACCUCAUUAAGUGCAACAACUGUUGGCGACGUGAGUGUUGCAGGUGUGACAGCAUUUAGCGUUGGAGGUGACGAUGGUCCUGGCGGCGAUGGAGGACAAUCGCAUCAUGACUACAAAGGCCCCAAAAUCUGGCGCAUUCUAGUCCAACACUGGCCUUUCAUCUCCCAACCACUGGCUUUGGCGGCUGUCGGUAUUGGCUUAUGGAUCAUUGCAUUUGUGCUGCUGCCCGAUUAUGCGCUUCCACAUACGCCAAUUAUGCGCAUAUUCUUCCUCUUUGUGGGCGCACAGCUGACCGGUGUGCUGGUGACCUUCAUCCGCUUGCCGGAUAUGUUGGGCAUGCUGUUCUUCGGUGUGUUGUACACAAAUGUGGGUUUAGCCGAUUUUACGGGCUAUGAUAAAUUAGAGGCUUUUCUGAGGGAGAUGGCACUGAUUAAUAUUAUGCUGUUAGCAGGUCUUGGCCUCGAUGCGAACGCCUUCAAGAAGCUGUGGCUUAUGAUUUUACGCCUUACACUUAUACCAACCAUCGCUGAAGUGACGGCAAUUGCAGUUGUAGCGAGAUUUACACUGGAAAUGCCAUGGUUCUGGGGUAUUUUAUUAGGUCUUGUCGUCACCGCUGUCUCUCCGAACGUUGUCGUCACUGUAAUGCUGAAGCUGAAGGAAGAGCGACUCGGCCUGAAUAGCGGCAUACACACAUUAAUAUACGCCAUGACCAGCUGCAAUGAUGUCGUCGCCAUUUUUCUCUUCGGUGUCAUUAUGAGCGUCAUCUUCUCCACGGAUAAAUCAUUGACGCAACAAAUACUGCAGGGACCUAUCGGCAUCGGUAUUGGCAUCGUAUUUGGCUAUGUCUACGGACUGAUGUUGACUAUUUUGCCAUCUACAAAGACGCCCUACCUAAAUGGCUUACGCUUUGUUUUGACCAUCUUGGGCGGUACUGUAUCGGUGAUGGGCAGUCGUGCCAUCGGUUAUCCCUCAGCUGGUGCACUCGGCUGCAUGACAAUCGCAUUUUUUGCCGGCAUCGGUUGGAAGAGCCAACAACAACGACUCACUGCACAGCAACGUCAACGUCAGUUGGAAAAUGAAAAU